AUGAGCCGGAACCCAAACGCACAGAUUGUAAACCUAUCGAGCGCUGCUUCUGCGUUGGCCUUCUACAGUACUGCACUGCAGGCGCAGUUCCGUGCUGUGGAAACAGUUUCUGAUAUCGAUACCCUCGCCUCAUCGUACCUGGAGGCUGUCCGUGGCGGGGACAAGUCGCAAGAGGAAAGUGGAUGGGGUACCGGUCCGCGCAGCUACUCAGUUAGUAAAGCGUGUGUGAAUGCGCUGACGGUGGUGUUGGCGCGCUUGUAUCCGGGCGUGUGUGUGAAUUGCUGUUGUCCGGGGUGGAUGGAUACGGAUAUGGGGAGGCAGGGGCCGCUGCCUGGGGAUCCAGCAAAGACGGUGGAGGAGGGGGCGAGGAUACCGGUUAGGUUUGCGGUGGGGGAUUUGAGUGCAGGGAAUGAUGAGGAUGGUGGGGUGGGAAGGGAAGGAGAGGGUUAG